AUGGAUUGGAAUGAAGAGAUGACAAAAAUGCUCAAUGCAUUCGAGCAUUAUGCUUUUCAAUCUUUGGGAAACAUAAAAUUGGCCUUCAAGCACAAUGGCUUUGAAUUAGAUCCAACAUUCAAACAGCACUUUUUACAUGCUUCCAAUGUUCGAUUGGUGGAAACGUACAAUCGAUUCGAAAUCCAUUCACGAAUUGAAGACCAAAUGAUGAACCAACGCGAUGUGAAAAUGUUUCAAGACACAACUUCCUACCAAAUGGAAAAUGAUUCCACUCAAUUCAGUGAUCGAUUGGAAAACAAUGGACCGUAUCAAAAGAUUGAUUUGGUCGACACCGAUGACUCAAGCGACGACGGAAAUAAUGGCGAAUUCGACAGAGACGCAACAACGGCCGAUGAACUGGAUGAUAAUGCCUUGAUGUCUUCGUUUCAAUCCAAGGUGGUUGAAAGUCGAGCACAUUUUCCAGUUUUCGAUUAUCACCAAAUCGUCAGAAAUAAUGUAAAAUUGGAAGAUAUGGAUGAAGAUGAUGGCAUUGGGGUUAAUGUCAAUCAAGAUAUUGGGCCAGCAGAGGUAGGACCUUCCAAAUAUUCCACAAAGAACACGAAAUCCAGCUCACGUACGUUGAAAACUACAACACGACCAUCAUCAUCAGCUUCAUCAAACCAGUUGGAGUCAAAGAAGCAAAAUAAGUGCCAGCUGUGUGGUUAUUCCAGCAAGUACGGGAAUCUUAGUCGUCACAUGCGUACUCACACCGGCGAGAAACCAUAUCGAUGUGAUAUUUGUCGUAAAGAAUUCACAAGAAUGGAACACAUGAAACAGCAUAAAGUGACUCACAUCGAACAAGUUCCGUACCAUUGCCUCGGCUGUUUCAAUGGAUUUUCCCAAAAGACCGAAAAAGAUGCCCACGAAAAAGCGUGCAAAAACCGUAGAUAUGAAUGCCAUAUCUGCAAGAAGUUUGUCACUUCGAAAAAAUUUAAUUUGAAAGAGCAUAUUCGAACGCACAACGGCGAGAAACCGUUCCGAUGCGAGAUUUGUAUGAAGCGUUUUACACGGAAAAUUUGUUUGAAAACACAUUUGGACACCAUUCACGCCAGAACCAACCCAUAA